AUGGGCGCCGAGGGGUGGUGCCUAUUGCUGUGCUUGGCUUUCUCCAGCGCGGCAAACGUCGCAGAAAGGCAAUGGCAGGCAGUGGACGUGGUCCUGGACUGCUUCCUGAUGGAAGAAGGUGGGCACCAUGGAGGGUUUGCCAGCAGUGAGAACAUGGUGAAGGCCGUGCUGGUGCUGAGGCAGGUACCAGUGCCAGAUGAUGGCUCCCUGGAAGGCCUCACGAAUUUCCAAGUGGAUACACUGGCCAAGGACGACUCACUCAUUACUUUCGAGGCCUUAGUGAACCCAGUACAGAUUCCCCAGGCCGAGGCCCUGCUCCACGCCGACUGCAGUGGGAAGGAGGUGACCUGUGAGAUCUCCCGCUAUUUCCUCCAGGCCAGGCCAGAGGCCACCAUGGAGAUGGCAGCCUGGUUCAUCACCAACGUGCAGGUAUCUGGAGGGGGACCUGGUGUCUCCAUGGUGAUGAAGACUCUUGAGGAUGCUGAGAAUGAGGCUGUCUUGCAUCCCACACUGAAACUGCCCCUAAGCCCCCAGGGGACGGUGCGGACUGCAGUGGAGUUCCAGGUGACCACACAGACGCCAUCCCUGAAUUUCCUGCUGGGGUCCACAGCCUCCCUACACUGUGGCUACUCCGUGGCACCUGGUUUGGACGUUACCAGCGUGGAGUGGCGGCUGCAGCAUAAGGGCAGUGGCCAGCUGGUAUACCACUGGACCACGGGGCAAGGGCAGGCCAAGCGGGAGGGUGCCACCCUGGAACCCGAGCAGCUGCUCACAGCUGGAGAUGCCUCCCUCACGCUACCCAGCCUCACUCUACAGGAUGAGGGGGCCUACAUCUGCCAGAUCACCACCUCCCUGUUCCGAGCUCAACAGGUCAUCCAGCUCUACAUCCAAGCUUCCCCCAAAGUACGACUGAGCUUGGUGAACACAGCCCCGCCAGCCACCCUCAUCUGCAGUGUUGCUGGCUACUACCCCCUGGAUGUGUCUGUGACCUGGACCCGGGAGGAGCAGGGUGGCUCCCCGGUCCCCGUCUCUGGCGCCUCCCUCUCCAGCCUCCGGCAGAGCCCAGCCGGCACCUACAGCAUCUCCUCCUCCCUGACGGCAGAGCCUGGCCCUGCAGGAGCCACCUACACCUGCCAGGUCACCCAUGUCUCCCUGGAGGAACCCCUGGGGGCCCACACCUGGGUUGCCCCACCAGAGCAGAAGUCAGCCCUGGGAGUCCUUCUGGCCAGCAUCCUCUUCGUCCUGACCCUACUGUUCCUGGGGCUGCAGAGACGCCAAGCUACCUCACCAAGGUCUCCCAAAACCUUGAGGCACUCUGGGUAG